AUGACCGAAAUUUUACCAACUAACUUUAUUCCAUUACAUUAUAAAAUUUAUGUCAAACCUGAUCCUGAAUUAAGUUUAAAUUAUGGCAAAAUAACUAUUAUCAUUGAUUGUAUCCAACCAACAAAUGAACUUGUUUUGAAUGGUGUUGGAAUAAAAGAUAUUAAAUCUCGUUGUAUUAAACCUCAAUGUCAUGAACUAACUGUCAAAGAAGAUAAAGAAAAAGAACAACUUAUUUUUACUGGAAUGCGUUUUGAACAAGGUAAGUAUGAAAUUGAAAUUGAAUAUAAUGGAGAUCUUCCAGCAGAUGAUUUAUGCGGAUUUUAUCAAUCAAAAUAUGAAAUUGAUGGUAAAACAAAAACCAUUUGUUGUACUCAAUUUGAGCCAUCUUCUGCACGUAAAGCAUUCCCAUGUUUUGAUGAACCAAAUUAUAAAGCUACUUUUGAUAUAAUAAUGGAGGUACCUAAAGAAGAUGAUUGUUUUUCUAAUAUGCCAAUUAAAGCUGUUACAGAACAUGGAGAAUUUAAAAUUGUUGAAUUUGAAAGAACUUUAAAGAUGUCUACUUAUUUAAUUGCUUUUGUUAAUGGAGAAUUUACUAGUUAUUAUGGAGAAACUGUUAGAGGAAUUAAAUUAGGACUUCAUUUCCCAAAAAGUCAUAAAAAUGUAUCAAAAUUUGCUCUUGAUACUAUGAGCAAAUGUCUUACAUUAUAUGAACAAGCGUAUGAUAUUAAAUAUCCAUUACCAAAAUGUGACUGGAUAGCUUUACCAGAUUUUGAAGCUGGUGCAAUGGAAAAUUGGGGAUGUAUUACUUCACGUGAAACUGAAGUUGUUCUUCAAGAAAACGCUUCUAGCCAGUCAUUAAAACGUUGUGCUAGUGUUGUGUGCCAUGAACUAGCACAUAUGUGGUUUGGUGAUUUAGUUACAAUGAAAUGGUGGAAUGACCUUUGGCUUAAUGAAGGAUUUGCUAGUUAUAUGGGAGAUUUGUUUGCUACAGCCACUUUAUUCCCUGAAUGGCAUAUGAACGUUUCUAAUGAAUUUGAAUCAGUUCUUCCAGCUUUAGAUUCAGAUGGAUGUAGUUCAACUCAUCCAGUUAGUGUUCCCGUAAAGAAAGCCAGUGAUAUAGAACAAUUAUUUGAUUUAAUUUCAUAUAAUAAAGGUAGUGCAUUGAUUGAUAUGAUGAUUAAUUAUGUUGGAUUUGAUAAAUUUAUGAAAGGAAUAAGUUUAUAUUUGAAGAAGUAUAUGUACGGUAAUGCCGUUAGUGAUGAAAUGUGGAAAUGUGUUGGAGAAGUUUGUGGUAUUGAUUUAAAGGAUAUAGUUCAAGAAUGGACAUAUAAAGCAGGUUUUCCAGUUGUUUCAGUUAAAAUAGAAAAUAAUAAAUUAUUUAUUUCACAAGAAAGAUGUGGAUGUAAAUCAGAACAAUUAUGGAAAAUACCAAUGAUUCUUUCAUGUGGAGGAUAUAAACAAACAUAUUUAUUGACAAAAAAAAGUGCAUGUAUUGAAUGGAAUCAACCAUAUGUUAUUGCAAAUACUAUGAGUACUGGAUUUUAUAGAGUUCAAUACUCUGAACAGUUACUUGAUGUUCUUAAACAACAAACACUAUGUCAAACUGAAACAAUGAGUAUUCUUGAUGAUUUAUAUUCACUAUGUAAAAUUGGUAAAGUUUCAUCAAAAAAUUAUCUUGCCUUUAUUAAAACUUUAAAACCAUUUGUAUCAGACACUUAUCAAGUUGCACGAGUUGUUUGUGAGCAUUUAACUGAACUUAAAAGUGUUUUUAGAGGAACUGAAGUUGUUCAAUUUGUUAUUCAACAAAGAGAAAGAUUGCUUGGACCGGCAUUACAACAAUUAGGAUUAAAAACUAUUCCAGGUGAAUCUAUAGAAGAUGCUAAGUUAAGAAGUUUAUGUUUGACUACUCUCAAUAAUCAAGAAAGUAUUAAAGAAGCUUUUAAUAUUAUUGAAGCUGGUGAUUUAAGUAAAGUUGAUGCAGAAAUGAGACAACCAAUUUGUAUAAUUGCUGGAAGAAAUGCUACAGAACCAAUUUUUGAGAAAUUAUGUCAGUUAUAUUUGAAUGGAGAAACACCAGAAAUAAAAAGAAACGCACUAAGAGGCUUAGGAUUAGUUAAAAAUGAAGAGAUUAUUAAAAAAGUUAUUGACUUUGCAACUAAUAAAGUGAGACAACAAGACUUCUGUUUUGUUAUGAUUCUUUCAUUACUAGGUGAAAGUGAACUUCCUUGUCAAUGGGUAGAAAAUCAUAUUGAUUAUAUUAAUGAGAAAUUUGGUACAGGAAUGUCUUCUAUUAGAAAUUGGAUUUUAGAAGGACUCUUAGGACAUUAUUCAUCUCAUGAAAAAUAUCAAUAUUACACUCAAUUCUUUAUCGACCAUCCAGCUGUAGGUUCUGAAAAUACUAUUAAACAAUCAUUAGAGAAAAUGUUAAAUCGUGCAGAUUGGAUUAAAAGAGAUCUUUCUGAUAUGCUUUCUUAUCUCCACUAA